AAAAAAUGGCUUUAAACCCUAAAUUUUCACCAUUUUCAUCAUCAUCAUCAUCAUCAUCAUCAUCAUCAUCCUCCCUUUAUCCUCUCAGAACUCCAUUGGAAGAUAACACAUAAAGCUACUAUUUUUCUACAAAUUCACCAUCACAUCUUGGUCAAAUCAUCUCCACCCUCAUCCGUACGUCUUAUCCACAACAAUUCAUCAUCGCUUCUCAAUCAAGACACUUUUCAGUUAUCUUUCGUAUGCUACGAAUCAGCUUUUCAUGAAUAAAGUUUUCAAUUCGUUUGAAUUUUAGGUGUAGCUUGAUAUUCCGGAGUUCUAGAAGUUUCCAAUUUGAUAUGGGUUUGGUGGAAUUUGCAAUUUUCUUUGAUUGGAUUCAUAAUAAUAAUAAUAAUAAUGGUGUUGUGUAUGAUGUUGGUAUAUAAACGUUAGGGUGCUUGCUUUACAAGGGGAUGAUGGCAUUAGUAUCCCACCAGGUUCAGGGUUCAUAUACUACUCCAAGACCUUUGUCUUUAAAGAAGAGGACUGAAUCUAACAAUAACUUAGUAACAUUCCCAAUUGUUAGAAGGACAGAUAUUACUUUACUGAAGCAAAGAUCUUGUUUACGUGUAAAGGUGUCAAAUAGGAAAUCAUUAAAAAUAUUAUCUUUUAAAGGUAAUGUACAGAACGAUGAAUCAGGAGACCGAGAUAAAGGGUCAAAGUCAACUAAAAAUCCGAUCAAACUUUCCUACGUACCAAAGGAUCCCAACGAAACAUUAGCUGAAUCAUCAAACGUGAAGAACAAUCACACUACCGAAACCUCUAAUACGGACGAGACAGCUGUUCGGUCUUUAGCCAUACAACAACUAUUUAGAAGUUGGUUGAGUUUGUUACGCGCACCUUCACAAAGUCAAAUACCAGAUGGAACAUUGGAGGAGGGCCCGUUUUCAAACGAAACGGCGGAAAUGGACCGUAAGAUUCGAAAUGGUGGAAGAAGUUCGUUUUUGAAAGCUGUUUGGCGUGGAUUUUUGGGUAUGGAUCCGGCAAUAAAGACGCCUCCAAUAAUAUUCAUACCCAUGUACCUAGCAGUCAACAUGAAAUACGGACCCGAAGUUGCAAAGGAAUUGACUCCUUUAUGGAUAUGCGGGCCAGUGCUAGUUGCGCUUUACAUCAAGAUUGUUCAAGGGUUAUGCCUACUCUACGUUUACAGCUUCAAGCAAUCGGUCAACGUGGUAAAAAACUUGCCCGUUUAUUACAAUUAUAUCCUUAGUGGGGAGCUCAAAGAAACUAUACGUGCUCGUUUAUGGCUGCCUGUGGUGAACUUUAGGAACUUAGGCUACAAAGAAAUAUGGAAACGCGUUCAAGAAUGGAUCGUUGAUAAGUAUUUGGACUACAUCGAGUCAAUAUGGCCUCAUUAUUGCAAAUUGAUAAGGUUUCUGAAGAGGGCCAAUUUCAUCUAGGGGGUGUGACAUUAAAUCCGGUUUAAUCCCCAUUUUAUUUGUGUAAUGUUUUCGAAUAGGGCAGAUUUGAGGAAUGAGGUAGGAAAAACCCGAUUUUGAAUUGGAAUUCAUCGCGGUACUGAGGAUUAUUACAAGUAAUAAGUGAAACAUAAAAAGUGUAUUUUGUAUCUUGGAAUACAUUGUAUUUUAGUUUCAAACUCAGUCUUUUGGGAUUAAUAUUUUUUUACACAGAUCUUGUUAUGUUGAAGAAUAGUUUUGAAAUUGGUU